AUGCCGAAAAGAAAUGAGAAGAAGGUAAAGAAGAAAAAACCGCGAGCCAUACGAAAUCAGGCGAAUACACGGGGAAAGUCAGAGCAGGUGCAAUCCAACCAAGUCGACUCGAAAGACAGACACUCCGAAGAAAAUCCCUGCGACAGACCAGGCAAUCAAGACUCCUCCACCUCCGAAGACUAUCCUAUCUUCCUACCAUUCAACACUCAACAUCUGAUUCUGACUAUUUUGCAAUCCACUCUUGAGGAUUGCUGUCAGGAUUUUGGCAAAAGAUGGCUCCCCCAGCUUAUGGAGGCCCGACGGUGGACGGAGCCAGGAUCGAUCGAGCUGCAUGUCUGGGUGCGUGUCGUUUCAGACCACUGGAACGAGAUUCCUCAUCAAGCCAUAAACCAAGUCAUUGGAAAGGAUUGGAGCACGACUUUAUGGGCUGUCGUCAACAUCCGGCAUUUGGCUGUACACAGGCGUCCAACAAGUGCCAGACUUAUACUAGACUUUCUACACUUUGCGGAAGAGUUUACGGCAAUGCUACAAGAUUCGAAAAGCAUGAACUGCAUUAAGACAAUCAAGAAUAAGCUGAAUUCCGUUGUUGAUGAUUUAGAAGUCAAAGAGGUGUUAUUGCAAGAGGCUUUGAGGGAAGACUUCGCAGAGAUUACCAAAAAACAGACCUUACUCAAGAAAGAAGCGGUCGAGAAUAUGAAGCAAAGAAGCAAAGAGAACAUAACUGCAGCUGGCCAAACUAUAACUGAUUUCCUCACCAUAAACUCAUAUAGCUCGAAGCGUAUACUAUCCUACAGCAAUGACGAUGACUUCAAUUCCAGAAAGAUCAGGGCCGGAGCCCGGGGCAAGAGGCCGCGCACGCUUGGCGGAGGAGGCAUGGAGGUUGGGCAGCGAGGACGCUGCAAGAGUCGAGGCAUUUUUAAGACGAUUUGA